GUCCACCAUUCGACUGGUGUCGAUAUCGACUGUGUUCAAACAUGGAUAAAUCAGGUAGCAGUCCUCUAUCAAACCUCGAACAUUUCAGUCAGUUCACUGCCUCAAUGCUAUCUCCACCAGGGAGCGAUAAAACAGGCGGCCCGAGUCAACCACUACUCGGCUUCCGUUCAGAGAUGCUGGCACGAGAGAGAAGCACUAUGUCUCAGUCCAAGGUCACCGACCCGAAAUCCCCUGAGCAGGCAAAAGAGUCCCGAUUCAGCGCUUUCACAAGCAUUUCUUCCGAUGGACAAGGCUUACCCUCCGCCGCUUACCCAUCCAGGUCAGCGGACUCAUUCAUUUCGGCUAUGCCCAUCAAGCCGGGCCGCUCCCCUAACUGGUCGGACGCAGAAACACGGUUUCUUAUUACGCUCUGGGGCGAGCAGUACCAGAACAUUAGUCAGCAGAGGAACGCGAAGGCCUGGGACGUGGUGGCACGAUUGCUUAAUCAGAAACUAGCGCAGUGCGGUUUUGAAACAUUUCGCUCGGGUCAGCAAUGCAAAGGACGGAUGAAAAGUGUUGUUUUCGAUUAUAAAACCACAAAAAAGCGCAUCGAGUCUGGUGAGGAUGAUAGAACGUGCGACUAUUUUCAAGAGAUUGAUGAGGUGCUGGGAAAGACUUUUGUUAACGACGGCAUCGAUGCGAUCGAGUCCGGUUCAGCUGUAACUCAAGAAGACGAGAAAACGUCGAAUACUAGUGGAGAGAACGAAGAAAGCAACGCUUGUGACAACAUUGUAGUGGUUAAUAUUCCAGCAAGUGCUGCACUAAGCGUGGAAACGACCACUGGAUUCACUUGUUUUAGUAAAGAAGUCAGUCAGUCACUGCCCGAUCACGGAGAGCUGUUAGACAAACGUGAGCCACCCAAGAAACGGAACAAGAGGAAGGCCUCCGCAGAAGAGGACGAAGACACAUCCAUGCUGCGUUUCCUGAAGAACUACAUGGAGGAAAGCGACAAGCGUGAUCGUGAAUUUUUAUUGCAAAUGACAAGGAUGGACCAUGAGAGGGAGGACAGAAAUUUUGAACGAACAAUGAAAAUGAUAAUGGAAGUAGCAAAAGUGUUUAAAAGUAGCGUUGCUAAUACACCCGAUAAUCUCAGGGGGAGUGGUUUGAGUUCUGCCCCUCACCAUCAAAGUGGAGAUUCUCGGUUUGCCUCUGGUUAUGGAAUGGGUUCUUCACGCGCAGGAGAUACUCGAGAGACGCCAUCGAACAGAGAGAGCAGAAAAAAGGCCAACGAUGGUUCGGCUCAAGACGAGAACGGUAAACCACAUCAGUUUCUUAGAGAUUAUAUGGAAGAAAGUGAUAGAAGGGACAGAGAGUUCUUUCUACAGAUGACCAGACUGGAUCACGAAAGGGAGGAGAGAAGCUCGGAACAAACUAUGAGGCUCAUGUUAGAAGUCGCAAAAGUGUUCAGAGGCGGCAAUUGAUAGCCCUGUUCCUUGCCGCGUAAGUUGUAUACUUGUAGCGAUAGAGAGAUGUUCAUUUUUUUGAUGUGACAACGUGAGGUGGUCCCUUUCUUUCGUAUUACCACAGCUUUAAUCUGUAGGAGUUACGUUACAUGUCAGUUCUGUCUCGUUUCUGCGAGAAAGUUCGCCUUUCAAAAUAAAUUUAAAAGAAGUGUGUACUGGAAGUCAUGGGAUUCUCCAGACAUCUCGAUUCUUAUAUCUGCCCUAUCGAAAUGACUUUUCUGAGAAAAAUAUUGAGAAAAAGACAAAUUUAUUUCAAAUUAAAAUCAAUUAUA